AUGUCUCGAAAGUGUGUAAACAAUCCAGAUCAGUUUUGUUACGUGUGUGGUGAUGUGACUUUUGCGUCUCAGAGACGGUCUAUUACUCCACUAAUAACAAAGGCAUAUCAGCUUUAUUUCGGUUGUAAACUAGGUGAUCAAGACAAACAGUGGGCACCCCACAUCUGCUGUAAUACAUGUGCUUCAAGUCUGAGGAGCUGGUUAAAUGGCAAAAAACGGUCUAUGCGCUUUGCUGUCCCAAUGGUUAGGAGAGAGCCUACAAAUCAUAUUAAUGAUUGUUACUUUUGCAUGAUACCUUGUAAAAAAAAAUCGGUUAUUAACUACCCAAACAUACCAUCUGUGAUGAGACCUGUGCCUCACAGUGACGAAAAUCCUAUUCCAAAACCCCCAGAAUCCUACACUUGCGAAUCAGAAAACGAAUCAGAUCAUGGCGAUCGAGUGAUUCGUCAGGAAGAAGAUAUGCCAUCAACGUCAAGAGAUCCUGAUUUUAUACCGAGCACGUCAUGCCACCAACCGCACAAAAUAACACAGUCAGAAUUAAAUGAUCUUGUAAGAGAUUUAGAACUUCCAAAAUGUAAGGCAGAGUUACUUGGAUCAAGACUGCAGCAGUGGAACUUGUUAGAAGACGAUGUUUCGGUAUGUGUUUUUCGUAAACGCCACAAAGACUUAGAACCAUUUUUCAAUAUGGAGAAUAACUUGGUUUUCUGCAGUAACAUUAACGGCUUACUGGCGGCUUUAAAUAUAAACUAUAACCCAGAAGAAUGGAGAUUGUUUGAGUUUAAAGGCAGUUAUGCAGUUCACAUGAAAGAAUCAUAUGACAAUAUGAAGUACCUAUUGACAUGCAUAAAAUACGAUGAGCACCAAUGGCAUAUUUGUGGCGAUUUGAAAGUUGUUGCACUUUUACUUGGGCUGCAGCUAGGCUACACAAAGUUUUGCUGUUUUUUGUGUGAAUUGGACAGUCGGGCAAAGGCACUUCAUUACACCAGACAAAACUGGCCUGUUCGUCAAUUCUUAGAGCCAGUAGAUUCGAAAAAAAAUUUAUUACCACCACUGCAUAUCAAGUUGGGCCUAAUGAAAAACUUUGUCAAGGCAUUAGAUAGAGAUGGGUCAGCUUUUAAAUACCUGCGUCAGAAAUUUCCAAAACUAAGUGAGGCAAAGGUUAAAGAAGGUAUUUUUGUUGGGCCACAGAUUCGAAAUAUUUUGAAAGAUACACAGUUUGAAAACACUAUAACAGGUAUUGAAAAAACUGCUUGGAAUGAUUUCCGUCUGGUGGUCACUAAUUUCUUGGGAAAUAGAAAAGCUGACAACUAUAAAGCCGUUGUCAAAAAUAUGCUGUCAUCGUAUCAAAAGAUGGGCUGUAAUAUGUCUCUUAAGAUACAUUUCCUACACUCACACCUGGACUUUUUUCCUGACAAUUGCGGAGCCGUAAGUGAUGAGCACGGCGAACGUUUUCAUCAGGAUAUUUCAACAAUGGAAAAAAGGUACCAGGGAAAGUGGAAUCCUUCCAUGUUUGCAGACUACUGUUGGACUCUUGGUAGAGAUGCUCCAGAAACGAUCCAUAAAAGAACAGCAAAAAGACAGCGCAUAUAG